CGCACGAGUGGUCCUCACCAUUGCCUCGCUUUACUACAUGCCGCUGCACCCGCGAACCUGCUCCAUCCUCUAUACCAUAUCAUGUCUGCUGGAUGCCCUGGAUGGCUAUGCCGCACGGUACUUUAACCAGUCCACGACCUUCGGUGCGGUGUUGGAUAUGGUCACGGAUCGGUGUACCACUGCGUGUCUGCUCGUCUUUUUGAGCUCCGCCUGGCCGCGAUGGGCCAUUGUGUUCCAGAGCCUGAUCGCCCUAGACCUGGCGAGCCAUUACAUGCACAUGUAUGCUACUUUGAGCAUGGGCGGCUCUGGCCAGAGUCACAAGAAGGUGGACUCGAGCAGAAGCUGGAUCCUUUAUCAGUACUACCACAGCAAGACUGUGCUCUUCAUCUGCUGCUUUCUCAACGAGGCCUUCUUUAUCGGCCUGUAUCUGCUCUCCUUCUCUUCUCCCAUUCUCUCGCCCUCUCUCCUACAGCCGGUUGCCGACCCUGAGCCGUCGUCUGCUCUCCCCGGCAACCCUGCCCACCCGGCUCCUUCCAGCCUGUUCGCCAGCCCGUGGAGCGCCGGUGCGUUAGAGAUGGCCCGGGCCAACAAGAUCGACAGCACCUUGCCGUGGAUCAUCACCGGCGUCUCGUUCCCGGUCAUGGCUCUCAAGCAAUUAAUCAACGUCGUGCAGAUGGUCAAGGCCAGCAAGUGGCUGGCAGAAGGUGAUGUCGCCCGCCGCCGAGCCGCUCAGAACGGCAAGAAGAUCUAAGUCUUCGCUUUCGUUCGGAUCGCCAUCACGACUUGGGAAACAGUCUUCUCCGUCCUCAUUGAACAUAAGGGUCCAUUUACCCCUCUCUUUCUCUCCCUCCAUCCUUUUUUCUUUCUUUACCUCCACCUCUGCCUGGGCCUGUUUUUCACUGUAUCCUGCCCAUUCCAUUUUCCAUCGUUCGUAGAGGACUUGUCUUUUUCCUUGGCAGAUUGUCGUCUUGUGCAUGGCUCUGGAGCUCUAGGUACGUUGUCGCGGAGUUCAAAAGAAGCACUACUUCAGCUGUCUCCGGUCAUCAGGAUUUUUUUUUUUU